CAACUGUGAUCACGUGACAUUCUCGUUCGCCAUCUUGGCACAAUCCUUAAAAUUGUCAUAUUUGAUAAGCUUUGUUUGUUAAAAAUCACUCUGUCUAAAAAAAUGGGUUGAAGAAACAAAUAUAUCAAGUGUUGGCUGCUUUAAUUCCAUGAUGUGAACAUCCAAAUGCUGUACAGGUUUUUUUUUUGAAGAUCUGAUUUUGAUGAUACUGUAGCAUGGCAUCAUCAGAUGUCAACAAUGUAUCAGGAUCUGAAAAUAUCUCAACAGUUAUAUCUCAACCUCUCUCUGAGCCACUGGCAGUGUCACAGAAUUCUCCUGUUAUUACAGUCAUUGCAUCUCAACCACCUGAAUCUCUAAAAACAUUACCAGUGUUUAAUAUUGAUAAUAACAUAUCCAAAGAUACCCCAGUCAUAUAUAUAGAACAUAUAAAUAAUACAAUUUUACCCAACUUUAUUAAUCCUAAAACUAACGAACCCAUCUAUAUGUCUGAUAAACAGAGGAUUGGGUCAUUAUCAAGUUCUCUAAAUGAUAGUCAAACAAUUAUACCAAAUAUAACUACAGAUUUAACCACAUCAACUGUUGAUGUCAUUAUUGAAUCACAUCCACCACCUUCAAUAGAUCACAUAAAAACAGAAGCUGAAAUCACACCAACAGAUAGUUAUAGUUUUAAAUGCGAGAGCUGUGACUAUUCCAGCAAUAAUAAACAUUAUUUAAAACAGCAUGUAGAUUUGGUACACAAUGCUGGUAGGCCGUAUAAAUGUCCGUACUGUGACUAUGCUGGCAAAAGAAAUCAUUCUCUUCGAGAACAUCUUGUCGUCCACUCUAAUGAACGCCCCUUUGAGUGUAAUCACUGCAACGCCACGUUCAGGAAGAAAGGACAUCUAACUAACCAUGUUAAACUUCACGCUAUGUCUAAAGUUAUUCGAUGUAGCUUGUGUACAGACAUUAUGUCGGAUCAAGCCAGUUUUACAGAUCAUCUUAAAUCCGUCCAUAAAACUGAUCAGAUCUAUGCAUGUGAAAUAUGUGAUUUCAUGACUGGUACUGAGAGUAGUAUUAAAUCACAUAUGGAACAUCACAAAGAAAGUCGUCUGUAUCAAUGCAGCUUGUGUUCAUUUGUUACCAAAGAUAUGAAUGCGAUUGGAGUCCAUUUAGAAAUCCAUUCGAAAGUUUCUGCUGAUAAAAAUAUGCCAAUAAAAACUAUAUCAACCAAUAAUAAACCUCUUGCUUCUUUAAAAGCACAAACUCCCGUUCUUAUUAAAUGUUCUGAAUGUGGAUAUACAGCCAAUGAUAGGGAGAGCAUGAAAUCACAUAUGGUACAACACAUACAGAGUAAAACAUCAGAACUUUGCACAACUCAAUCAAAAAUAAUUCAACCAGUCUUACCUCAGAAAACAUCCUAUAAAUGUACAGAAUGUGCUUUUGUAAGUGUCGAGGCCACAGCAUUUAUACAUCACAUGCUUAUUCAUAAAACAGAGGCUAAGAAGAAGAAAGAGGCUCUGAAUGUAUUUAACAUUAAACCAAUAUCAAAAGAAAACACAUGCAAGACAGGCAAUGCUCCGUUUAUUCAUGAUGAAAGAACUGGUCGGUUUGUGUGUACGAUCUGUGGUUAUGCUUGUGAAUAUCAACGAACAAUAAAAUCCCACAUUUGGAAGCAUUCUGGAAAUAAAGACAUUGAUUACCCGAUGUUCCAAAAUGGUCCAUUGAGUGUUUAUGAAGAAAAUGUGAACAGAAACCAGUUAGACGUAGGCGUUGAACAGUUACAAGAAAAAGAAACUACUAACCUGACAGUAAAAGAUGAAGCAAAACCUGUCGAAGAAUCUGUUCCCGUUACCACUUCUGAACCAUUAGCUAAACCUCUUCAAACAGCCCAAGUGGUGCUUGAUUCUAAAGGUGCUAUUUGCAAAAUCAAAAUUUCUGAUGGUAAAAUGGUAACACUAAUGAAAGAAAUAGCAGUACCUCGUUCAAACCUAAAAUUGCAUGACUUUGAAAAGAUGGAAAAUCAAAAACCUGUUUUUGUGAAUUCAGUCUUGCAAAUGGACCCCAAAUCGGUCUUCAAAGUGGAUGCCAAAGACUUAGCUGUUGUUGUGGAGACAAUUAAAGCUAUACCUUGUAGUCAGGGUUUUACUGGCAUGAAUAGUCAACAAAACAGUCCAAAGAGAGCAAAUACACCUAAUGAUGAUUCUGAAUCAAAGAAGCCUGAGUUUAGUGUAGGAACUGAAAGAGAAGAAGUUGAAGAAACAAGUGAACCAGCAUUGACUCUCCUUUCUCUUCAAAAACCUGAACCAAAACCAGACAGUUCUCCAUUUCAUAACACCAGAUCCAGAGGUCAGGCAAAUAAAAGAAAGGCAUCAAAUACUGAAGAAGAUGCACUGGAAAUAGAACUUCCUGAAGAAGAGGUGACAACAGAAGACAAAUUAUCUGUAACAUCUAAAUCUAAUACUGGUGCUGGGGGUAUCUGUUCUUCUUUAUUAGCUGUUAUAGAACAGUUACGUGAACGAUCCAAGGCAGAUAUUGACAUGGAAAACUAUACAAAAGCUGGAAUCAGACGUACUGGUAGGAAGAGAAUUCGAAGAGGUUCUAGCGAUGAUGAGCUACCAACUGAAUUUGUUGACAGCAUUGAAAAAAUAACUGAAGAUGGAGAAAUUCGUUAUCGCUGCAAGUUUUGUCAUUAUAGUAACUCUAAACCACUAUUAAUCAGAAUACACAUGCGACUUCACAAAAGUAAGAAACCAUUUGAAUGUUCUCUAUGCGAUUUUAUAGCUACAUCUAUUGAAGGGUUACAAGAUCAUAUGAUACAACAUUGUAAGGUUCGAACAUAUCAGUGUAAAAUCUGUCCAUCUGCUUUCAACUAUAAAAGUCAACUGAGAGCUCACAUGAGAGCCCAUAAUGAAAAAGAUCCAUAUAUUUGUGACUUCUGUGACUUUGUAACAUCUAAUAUUAGUGCUUAUCGUCAACAUGUUCUAAGACAUUCGGACACUGCCUGUUACUCUUGCAAUAACUGUCAUAAAAAAUAUUCAUCCAAAAAUUCACUCAUUCGUCAUGAAUGUAUCAAAAUAUCAAAUGCUAUAGACUCACUAGGGGAGUUAGAUGGAAGUUCUGAUGAUGAAACAGCUAAUGCUUCUAAAGAAUUAAAGUGUCCACAUUGUGAUUUUUGCACUCUGGAUGAUUCUGAGUUUACAUCUCAUUGUGUUAUACACACCGAUGAAGAAGUUAUCCAGUUAAAGUGUGAAUUAUGUGAUUUUACUGCUGUUUCUAACCGAAGUCUGAAAUCUCACAUGAAAAGACAUAUAAAUGACCAAAGAUAUGUUCAACAACCACUAGAACAGUACAAGUGUAAUCUAUGUGGUUAUGUUUGUCAUCAUCUACCAUCACUCAAAUCUCAUAUGUGGCGUCAUGCUAGUGACAGAAAUUAUAGUUAUGAAUUCACCAAUGAUGUCAUAAAUGCAGCCAUUGAUUAUGAUAUUAGAGUUGAUGGUAGGGAUAUCAAUGACCCUGAAAUACUUGAACGGGUUCUCAACUCUGAAAGAAAAAUUGUGGAGGGCAGAUUGAAUAAUACUCAACAACCAGGUGGAGAGAUGCCAGUGUGCUGGGUUACUUUCCGUUGCUGUCAAUGUGGGUUUGAGACCAUUAAUAAACCCGAAUUAAAUGUUCAUAUGAGGUCUCAUUCUGAUAUUAUACAACAAACUUUAGAUGUCAAUAAACUGCCAGGUGAACAAGAAAACAGUGAAUCUCAAAUUAUUUCUUCUCUUUGAUAGAUAUAUUAUCUCUACUUAAUAUCUGUUACUUAAAAAAUAAAUAACUUCUUUUUUUAUAGCAGUGGGUCUCCGCAUAUUUAUACUUUUCCUUCACAUUUAUACUAAGAAAACUUAAUUGUAUUCCUUCUGAUAAAAUUGAAUAAUAUAGAAGCAAAUUUAUACUAAAUCUAUUUUUGUAAAUUAUGUCCAUGUAAGUCAACAAUAAAUUGAGAUUUUCAUUAAGAUUUCAUUUUAAUAUCGGUACUGGAUUAAAUUGGAUAUGGUACCAGUAUGUAAAAUGACCUAAUUUCUAUUGUACAUUAUUAGCAGAAGCAUAAAUUUUAGAGGACUUAAAUGAGCCAUCCCAGAUAUACUUUAGCGAAUGAAACUAUUUCAUUAUUAUUGUUACAGACUCUCAGUAACUUUUAUUCUAGUCCCUUGCUACUAUCUGAGAACUUUUAAUUAGUAUCUCAAGAAAUACAAACUGUCAGAUUGAUGAUAUUUUCAGAAGUAGCUUGGAUAACCAUAUUUAUAGGUUUGUUGUAAUUGCAUUUAUGAAUUCAGUAAGUCAGAAUUCUUUGUCUUGAGGUGAACCUUUCAGAUGUAUCAAUUGAUACCCCAUAAAAUAAGUGACUACUCCUUUAAAAUCAUGUGAUUCAGUACAAUAUUGUGAAAGUUUCAGAACCUCUUUGAUGAAGGCAAUAAAUUGAAUUGGAUUGUAGUUUCUUAUUGACAGAAUAUUAUCCAGACUUUUUAUUUUAUUUUUUACCCUAAUCAAUGAAUGUAUUAUACUUUUAGGAUGGUAUUCAAAAAUACUUGUACAUUAAUUUAAUUUUUCUGUGGGUCAUUUAUUUGAACUGUUAAAUGUACUGAAUGGUCUUCCUUUUCUUUUUGAUUGUAAUAUUGACAAGGCUAUGUCUGUAUAUGCAUCCUAUUCAUUUUGAUAUUAUAUUAUAUAAUAUGUGUAUACCAAAUAGUUUAGCCAUAGUAAUAGAUAUUGAUAUGUUGUUUAUCUUAGUCACAGUUAGAUGAGUAUUUAGAAAGAAUCUUUAUGAUAAUUAAUUUAAACCAUAAGAGUAUUGUGCCUGAAUUUCUUUUGUUACUUCAAUACAUGCAGUAGAACCAGCCUGAUAUUAUGUCAUCGCCCUGACCACUCUUCUGUUGAGACGUCCGUUCACAUUUGUUUGUGGACACAGACACUCUACAGGUCACAAUUUUAUCCGUUUUCUGAAAACCUUGUGAAUGCAAUAGAGGCUUCAGUUUUUAACAGAUUAUUUUCAAAUUCGAUCUGAAGACUUGGGACGAUGAGAGGAUGAGGCCUAUUUUCGCUGUUCUCUGUUCGUCUCUUGCAAAAUAUGAGUGUAUCUUGCAUGGCAACCUCUUGUUCUUAAAAGUAUUUGUGUUUUAGAAUAUGUGUUUUUGUUAGUUUCCACCUUAUGGGGAUUUAGUCUUAAACACAAAAUUGGAUGUCUUGGUUAAAAUUAUACCUGUAAAAACUGAAGCAUAUUUGUCAACAAAAGUAAAGUUUAGAUUUUCAAAAAUCGCUCCCCACUCGUAGGUGUAGGUGAGCUGACAUUAGGUUUUGUGAUGCAACGACUACAAAUUCCAUUUCUAUGAAUAUUUUUAUGAAUUACUUGUUACAUGGUUUGUUUGUUUUGUUUUGUUUUUUUGCUUUUUAAUGAAAUAUUUAAAUGCAAGAGAAUUUAAGAUGGCAUAUUAUCUGUUACUUCUGGAGAAAAGAAAUACUCGAAGAUACAUGCUUGAUAAUAGAAUAUUCUUUAUAGAUAAUUACUACAGAAUAGAACUACUUAAAGAUGCACUAUGUAAUAUCUUAAUCUGCCUAUUACAGGUUUUUUGUUUAGGCUUCAAUUUCAAAUGUUAAAUUAUUAUUGAGACAUUAAUUCACAUGACAGCCUAUAAUCAACUCCCUUAAUCAUUGGAUGGCACAGAUGUAAUGUUGCUACAAUAAUAACCAAUCUAUUUCAAAACUUCAAACAGUGAUAACGACGCUCGUUAUAAAGUAAUUUGAAUGGAAUUUUCAAUAUAUUAAUUUUGAAUUAUCUAUUUUGGAACUAUUAUAGCAAGAACGGCCCGCUCUUUAUCUAAAUAUUACAUGAUGCAUCUUUAAGUAAUAACUUUGAUAUCAAGUGUUAAAACUAAAUAUAUUUGUUAAAGUGAUAAAUUAUAUGAUCUACAGUACUAUAGCUUAUGUAGAAUAGAAUAAUUAGCAAAAAGAGGUGGUGAAUGAUCACAGACAAAUAAUUUAUGUGAAUUGGCCUUCUUGGGAGAUAUUUAGGACGUCUUUAAGUCCAAUCGGUCACAGAAAGGGCGCUAUACAUACUUUGGUUUAAGUUGUACUAUACUGAUAUUAGUAUCAAAAUUAGAAUCAGAGUGAAAGAAAUAUUUGCUAAAAUAUUUAAUCAUCAAAUUUUAAUUACAAAAGUAUGACAUAAGCUGGGGAUUUAUUAAUACUUGUAUUUACUUAAAAUAGUGUUAAUAAAUCUCUGCUCAAGGUAAAGAAUAGUACACAGGAUCCUUAAUUUCAAAUGGUUUGAAGUGCCAAAAUAAUGUACAUACUUGUUUAUAUUAAUUUUGUUAUUUUGUGGAUGUGUUCAAGAGAUUAUUGCUUACAUUAUAUUUUACUAUAUCUUUAUGUGUUGUUUUGAAGUGAUUAAUAUUGUACCGGUAAAAUUAUGUAUCAGUUUGAGUACAUUUCUAUAUAUCUUAAGACCAUAUAUUGUUUUUUAUGCCAAGUGUAUUGUCAUCACCCCUGCUGUCUGUUUUUCUGUCUCCACGAUAAUAAUUUGGUUGCUAAAGCUCAUGAAUGUGACAAAUUCAUUGUGAAAGUUUUUACUUACAUUUUUUUGGGAAACUUGCUCAGCAGACAUUGACAUUAAGUUAGAACAAGCAUGGCCGAGUAAUGCUGCUGGGUGUACUAGAAGACCUGGCGAAUUCCUGUCUUAGUUUCACUGAGAUCUUGCACUGACAUUGAAAUCUUGUAAAUAGUCUUAAAGAUGGAAUUAUUACAUUACCAAUUAACAGCAUCUCUUUACCGGGAUAGCAUAGACCACACUGCUUCUGUUAUACAUAUUAUUCUAUUUUCUAAGUAUUUCUACUUGAUUAUCUUUCAUAGGAAAUUUUGUGCAGCCCUAAAUUAUGUAAUAAAUUAAGAAAUUAUAACAUUCAAAAUUGAUAAUAAUAGCAUACAUGAUAAUAGUUGAAUCCAAUCUAUUUAGAUAAUCAACAGAGUUGGAUAUAAAAUAGGUAUCUUGCUUAAUAUUCUGUUACCAGAAACGGUCUGAAUAUAACACCAUCUCUAAAAUUUAAUGAAAACAGAAAUAUUGUUUAUAAGAAAAUGUUAUUUUUUUCUUGUGUUGAUUACAGUUCAAAUUUGACCUUCAAUAGACAUUGUUUUAUAAUACCAAAUGUAAAUUUAUAUUUUUUAUCUUACCCCAAUAUCUUUUGGAAUGAAGUUUUUCACCCGAUCAUUGUUUAGUUGACCUUUGUUUUUUCUGACCAAUGUGUUGACUAUAUUGGUUUAAUAUGUAAUUUGAUGUUUUAUAUUUGUGCUAUUAUAUUUGGUUGUGUUCUAAUCAUAUAUAUAUCCAUGACUUGUUAGAUCUUAUUUACAGUUUUAGUUAUAUACUAUUCUUUUUGGGAAAUCUUCUUUGGAUUUUAAUUGAAAGUACAAUUGCUUUGGUUACCAAUAGGUCAUGUCUUAGGGCCUUUUCGGCCAUCUACAGUGACGAAGGUUCAGUAAAAUGGAGGCAAUAUUUGGUCUUAAUGUAAACAAUCUUUGCACCAAACCUCCUAUAUUUAAAAAAUAACCUAACAUUAAUUCUCUGUGGCACCUUACAAAUUAUUUACUAACUUGUUUGAUUAUUCUUAGUUUGUUAAUACAUGAAUAUUAGCAUUUCCAUUGAAUCUUUUAGGCUUUUUAUCUAGUCAUGUUUGGAAUUUACUAAUAACUAAUUUGAUAAUAUCUUUAUACUGCAUGUAUUUCAGAAAUCUAAUACUAAUACAUGUUGAUAGUCGUAAUUA